AUGGGUUGGGGAUUGAAGUCUUCAUCAAAGAAACCUCGGUUUUCAAAGAAACAAAAGGUCUAUCUGAUAGGAAAAUUCCAAAUUGGUGAAAAACUGGUCAGAAAGCAGAUCCUUCCUCCAAGGCUGGUGCAAUGCUGACAGCAAGAAAUGUAAAUGGAGAAAGAAUGUUUACAAGUGAAGAAUUUUUUAACAAGUUCUCAGGUAAUGAGCUUCUUCUCUCGCUUAGCAGGGGGAAAAAAGCCUGUCUGAGGAGGGUAAUGAUGAAGAUGAUGAAGACUUUGACGAUUUGGAAAACACAGCAAUGGAAGCCCACAUUGAACUGCUCACCAAAGAAUUGGUGCCACAGCACCCAAUCAUGUAUGAGACAUACAAUUUGUGUGAUACCAUAUUAAGGUCACAGUUAAAGAAAUUUAACAUAUCCCUCCUUAAAGAGAUCUGUGAUUCUUUGAUGAUCGACGCCACAGAUAUAUUAUCUGCCAAACGAAAACAGCCUUACAUUGAAAAAAUCGAGGAGUUAUACACUGGCUGCACAUGUCGCAG